ACUUGAAGGUUGGUGCUUGGUGGGUUAUUCUUCUUCAUUUGUUGUUCAUGUUUUGCUUCUUAAUUCCAAUUCCAACUUCCAAGCUUUGGUUUUGGUUGUUGGGUUUUGCUAGACAGUCUCUGUAGAUUUGACAGUGUCUCUAUCUCUGUCUCUCCUUUGUUCUAGCUGGAAUUAGGGAGGACUAAUAAAUACCCAAUUCAUAUAGGCACUGUUUAUGUAGUUGGAAUUGUUAAUUAUUGGGAUGAGUUUGGUCCAUGUAUUAGGGUUUUGGUUUAAGUUAGGGAAUCUACUUUGGUUGCCAUGCUGCUGGAUCGUGUCUGUAAUUUCCACGAACUGGUUCGCUAGUGGUGGAAUUCAAGACACCAAGGUUGCUCUCCUUGGUGAUGGUGGUAAGAUGUGGCUCAGAUGCUGGGAGAAGAUCUCGGGGUGCAGCUUCAAGAUCCACGACAACUACUACCAGUAUAUUGGGUCCAAGAGAGUAACUAGAACUUGGUGGAGAAUGCUCUUAGUCACUUGGGUAAUUGGUUGGACCAUGGUUUCUGCCUGGAUCUUUUGGUACAUGGGUUCUCAAGCAACUGAAAAGAGGAAGGAGGCGCUUGCAAACAUGUGUGAUGAGAGGGCUAGGAUGUUGCAGGAUCAAUUUAACGUCGGCAUGAAUCAUAUCCAGGCCAUGUCCAUUUUCAUCUCAAUUUUCCACCAUGGCAAGAAUCCCUCUGCUAUUGAUCAGAGGACUUUUGCGAGGUACACAGAAAGAACUGCUUUCGAGAGACCCCUCACUAGUGGUGUGGCAUAUGCUGCAAGGGUUCUCCAUUCUGAGAAGGAACAAUUUGAGAAGCAACAGGGCUGGACCAUUAAAAGGAUGGAUAAACUUGAACAGAAUCCAGUCCAUGAGGAUGAGUGUGCUCAAGAAGCCUUGGAACCAUCCCCAAUUCAGGACGAAUAUGCUCCUGUUAUCUUUGCACAGGAUACCAUUGCGCAUGUGGUUUCUCUUGAUAUGUUGUCUGGAAAGGAAGACCGUGAAAAUGUCUUGCGUGCAAGGGAAUCAGGAAAAGGAGUGCUAACUGCUCCUUUGAAAUUAAUCAAAACAAAACGUCUUGGGGUUAUUUUGACUUUUGCGGUUUAUAAGAGGGAACUCCCCUCAAAUGCAACUCCAAAUGAGAGGAUUCAAGCAACUGACGGGAAAGAAAUUCACACACACAAGCACAAAGUGGAAAAAAGUAAGAGCAGUAAAGAAGAAAACGUUGGGUUAAACCUGUGGGGUUGGCUAAAGUGGUUAAGGAGUCAUUUGAGCCACGUUGAGAAUGUAGGUUCGAAUCACUCCAACGCCAUCUGGGUGCAAAUAAUUCCAAUGAGUCAUGCCCACCACCAUAAAGGUAGUGCCUUAUCUGAUUCCUAUGGAUGGAGUGGUCUGCAAAGGAGAUGGGCUAUCUCAUUCUCUCGCAUCAUAAAGUCCUUGAUGCUGUAUCUUGGUGGUGUUUUUAUUAUUGAGUCACUUGUUGAGAAGCUACUUCAACAGCUUGCUAGCAAACAAACCAUCCUUGUAAACGUGUUUGACACCACCAACCAAUCUCAUCCUAUCAGCAUGUAUGGUUCAAAUGUAUCCAAUGAUGGGUUGGAGCAUGUUAGCCAUCUCAAUUUUGGAGACCCUUUCAGAAAACAUGAAAUGCGAUGCAGGUUUACACAGAAGGCACCAUGGCCAUGGUUGGCAAUAACAACUUCAAUUGGCAUCCUUGUGAUUGCGUUGCUUAUUGGCCAUAUAUUCCAUGCAACUUUCAAUCGAAUUGCUAAAGUUGAAGAUGAUUGCCAUAAAAUGAUGGAGCUCAAAAAACGAGCUGAGGCGGCUGACAUUGCAAAAUCACAGUUCCUUGCCACUGUUUCCCAUGAGAUACGAACCCCAAUGAAUGGUGUUCUAGGAAUGUUGCACAUGCUUAUGGACACCGAUUUAGAUGUAACACAACAAGAAUAUGUCAGAAUUGCACAGGCUAGUGGCAAAGCUUUGGUCUCACUUAUUAAUGAGGUUUUGGAUCAGGCCAAGAUUGAAUCUGGUAAGCUUGAGCUUGAGGAAGUACAGUUUGAUCUGCGAGCAGUUCUGGAUGAUGUAUUGUCACUCUUUUCUGGGAAGUCUCAGGGAAAAGGAGUGGAGCUAGCAGUUUACAUCUCUGAUCGAGUUCCUGAAACACUAAUUGGUGAUCCUGGGCGAUUUCGACAAAUCAUCACCAAUCUCAUGGGUAACUCAAUUAAAUUUACACAGCAAGGACACAUCUUUGUCACUGUCCAUCUUGUUGAGGAGGUUACUAACUCUAUAGAAGUGGAGACAGAAUCAUUGUCGAAAAACACCUUGAGUGGUUUGCCUGUUGCAGAUAGGCGCCAGAGCUGGAAAGGUUUUAAAACCUUCAGUCAAGAUAGUUCCAUUCCUACUGUCACAUCAUCAUCCUGCAAUAGUGUUAACAUAAUUGUAUCGGUUGAGGACACUGGUGAUGGAAUUCCACUGGAAGCACAGCCUCGCAUUUUUACACCUUUUAUGCAGGUGGGUCCAUCCAUUUCUCGAUAUGGAGGCACAGGAAUUGGGCUAAGCAUUAGCAAAUGUCUGGUUGGCCUUAUGAAAGGGGAAAUUGGAUUUGUGAGCAUACCAAAAAUUGGAUCCACCUUUACCUUCACUGCUGUUUUCACCAAUGGCUGUUCCAAUUCAAUUGAAUAUAACAGCCAGCAAGUCAAAAACCAGUCCAACUCUAUAUCUGCUGAGUUCCAAGGCAUGAGAGCAUUGGUUGUAGACCCUAGAUCAAUGCGGGCCAAGGUGUCAAGAUAUCAUAUCCAACGGCUUGGAAUUAAUGUUGAAAUUGUUGCUGAUUUCAAUCAAGGUUUAUCCAGCAUAAUCAGGGCAAAUGCUGUUUACCACAUGGUUCUUAUUGAACAGGAAGUUUGGGACAAGGAUCUGAGUGCUUCAAAUCUCUUCAUCCACAGUUUUAAAAAAAUUGAUCGUGGGGUUCCUCCAAAACUUUUUCUUUUGGGCAACUCUGUCAGCUCUUCUACAGAAAACACUACAACAUCUGGUAUUGAUAGCCCAAGUGUAAUAACGAAACCUCUAUGGGCUAGUAUGCUAGUUGCAUCUCUACAACGAGCCAUGGGUGUUGGAAACAAGGGGAAUUUCCGCAAUGGGUUGGUACCUAGCUUGUCUCUCCAGAGUCUUCUUCUUGGGAGAAAAAUUCUAAUUGUAGAUGACAAUGAUGUGAACCGCAAGGUAGCUGCUGGGGCUCUGAGAAGAUAUGGAGCAGAUGUGGUUAAUGCUGAGAGUGGGGCAAAGGCUAUCUCACUGCUUAAGCCACCCCACCACUUCGAUGCAUGUUUCAUGGAUAUCCAGAUGCCAGAAAUGGAUGGGUUUGAAGCAACCAGGACAAUUCGGGAUAUGGAGCAAAAGAUAAACAACUGCAUUCAACAUGGAGAGCUAUCAAUUGAAGCCUAUGACAAUGUUUCAGACUGGCAUGUGCCUAUUUUAGCCAUGACUGCAGACGUGAUUCAUGCUACACAUGAGGAAUGCCUGAAGUGUGGAAUGGAUGGUUAUGUGUCCAAGCCAUUCGAAGCUGAGCAGCUGUAUAGGGAAGUUGCACGCUUUUUCCAAUCAGCAUGAAAUAGAAAUCAAUAGAAAUGACUGUUGAAGACAUGCUGAUCACACAAGAAAGAGCACCUGCUCUUCAGGAUGCAUUCGGAGAUACUUAAAUGGAUCCAGAUUCUUCCAAAAGUAAGUUUUCCUCUGAUCUCUACAUAUGCUUUCUGUUGCUCUACCUAGUUGAAAGGUUUUUGAUUGUCAAAGUCCCUACGUAAAGCUUUAUUUUGUCUCACUGGUCUCUUAACAUAUAGCCAUGCUUGACAUAUAUGCAGCAAAACAUUUGUUCUGUGGCAGAGUGUACAUAGAAGGAUGCUUAAUUUAUUGGGAUUUAGUUUUCUUAUUUUUCAAGACAGAUAAAGUCUCGUCAUUUUUGCAUGUAAAGCCGAUCCCAUCUCCAAGCCUUACCUCAGCAUUGGUAAAUCAAAAUUCCUGUGCAUGGUGAAGUCUUUCAAUACGACUUUGAAUUCAGAAUCAUCAGUUGGAGAUGGAUGGAAGAAGUUCUCUUUCUCGGCUGUAUGAUAUAGAAUUCGAUUCCUUCAUCCUAUGUAGUUAUAAAAACUGCAAGACCUAGGAAGAGAUGUUGGUCUUCCUUUGGAUGUUGUUGAUUGUAUCAUAUAGGCUUUGUUGAAUAGAAAGAGUUGGAAGGUAACUUCUCAGCUGCAAAGUGGAGAAUGCACCUUGUAUAUAAAUCAUUACAGUGAAUAAAGUAUUUGUUUUCAGUACAAACAUGAUAACACCCCUUUUUCUUUACAUUGCCCUCUGAAUAUUAAGACCAAAGCUUCUGUAAUCAGAUUGAAUAUGGCAAUAACCAUUGAACUUUUCA